AUGGCUAUUAGCGUCGAACCUCCACUAACGGUCAUCUCUCUACAACCGUGCCAUCUCUCUACAAGGGACAUCUCUCCACAACGGCCAUCUCUCUACAACAGCCAUCCCUCCACAACGGCCAUCUCUCUACAACCGUGCCAUCUCUCUACAAGGGCCAUCUCUCCACAACGGCCAUCUCUCUACAACAGCCAUCCCUCCACAACGGUCAUCUCUCUACAACCGUGCCAUCUCUCUACAAGGGCCAUCUCUCUACAACAGCCAUCCCUCCACAACGGCCGUCUCUCUACAACCGUGCCAUCUCUCUACAACGGCCACCUCUCUACAUCGGCCGUCUCUCUACAACGGCCACUUCUCUACAUCGGCCAUCUCUCUACAACGGCCACCUCUCUACAUCGGCCGUCUCUCCACAACGGCCAUCUCUCUACAACAGCCAUCCCUCCACAACGGCCGUCUCUCUACAACCGUGCCAUCUCUCUACAACGGCCACCUCUCUACAUCGGCCGUCUCUCUACAACGGCCACCUCUCUACAUCGGCCGUCUCUCUACAACAGCCAUCCCUCCACAACGGCCAUCUCUCUACAACGGCCAUCUCUCCACAACGGCCAUCUCUUUACAAAGGCCAUCUCUCCAGAACGGCCACCUCUUUACAAUGGCCACCUCUCUACAAUGGCCACCUCUCUGCAAC